AUGGCUGUGGAAACCCUCGAUGUGCCCUGCAUAGAAAAGCCUGCAGAGCGUGAUGUCACACAGGCGAAGCGUGCUGAAGCCCCAUUAUAUGUAGGUCACUCUAAGAACAAACACAGUAAUUGCUGGAAACAAAGAAUCAGAGCAAGAUUCCCAUUGAGAUUUGUCAAAAACUUCCAACGAAGCUGGCCGCGGGACAAAGGACCUGAGACUGUUCCUGAAGCGGACUCUGACUUUGAGGAGAUCGAGUCGGCUGAAAAACAAACUGCUUCUGGAGGAGAGACAUCUGAUCUCAAACAUCCCUCAGAGGGAAGUGAGAAGAGUGAAAAGUUUACAGCAUGCAACUCAACCAGCCCAAAGAAACGUUUGAUUUUAUCUCUUAAUGAGAAAGAGAGACUCUUGAGCUGGGACAUGCUGGGCACUCCAGAGGAAACUUCAAUUACAACUGACGCCAAGACCACAAAGCAUCGCCAGGUCCAAGCAGAGAGAGAAGCAGAUAAGCUUCAGGCGGACUCCAGCCAACAUGGAGAACUAACUGAAAGCCAAUUUGCCUCUGCCGCUUCGCUCUCAGCAUUCCAUCUUAUUGCCAACGCCUUCAGGAGGACAUUUAGUGUGACCAAUUCUUCCAGCAGCUCCAUCACAGCCCCCACAAUGAGGCCCAGACAUGUUGGCCAACCCAGACGCAGACCUAUGUCGGAGGGAGAGCUGAAUUUCAACUCUGCUGAACCAGAAUCAUCCAAAGAGAAGAAAGCUAGAAACCAUCAGGCCAGUGUGGACUUGCCGUCUCUGCUGCAGCAAGUCUCCCUGAAAGGCCGCAGAGACUCUGGAAGGGUCUUCAGUGAUGGAGUGUCAUCACUGUCCAAAAGGAAGGUUACCCUUUUCUCCUCCUUGAGGCUCAGGAAGAGGGAGUCAUCAGAGACUGAUGGGAAAGACCAGGAGCUCCAUAAGGAAAUCAGGAUGAUCCUUACCAACCUGAGAAACAACGCUUCCAGUCAGCAGAGUCUGGAGGAGCCCUGCUCAACUGAUGAUGAAUGCGAAUCCACCAAUAUAAAGGUGUCAGCAGAACGACAACUACAGAAGCAAGAAAAGACGGUGGCCCAACAGGCCAAACGAGAACAGUUAAAGAGGUUGCAUAGAGCUCAGGUGAUUCAGCGACAAUUAGAGGAGGUUGGAGAGAAACAAAGAGACCUGGAGGAAAGAGGAGUGGCUAUAGAAAAGCUUAUACAGGGAGAAACAGGAACUGACAAUCAAACAAAUGAUGAAGAAUAUUCCCAACUUUAUCAGUCCUGGUUUCAAUUGGUUUUGGAGAAGAACAGACUUGUACGAUAUGAAUCUGACCUUAUGAUCUUUGCUCAGGAGCUUGAAUUGGAGGACACCCAGUGCCGACUUCAGCAAGACCUUCGACGCAGGAUGAAUAAAGAAGAUACAAAGAAGAGCGCCUCUGAGCUCCAGAAGGAGCAGGAGAUCCUGUCUGAGAUUAUGAGGACGGUAGAGAAAAGGGACAUGCUGGUAUCUAAACUUGAAGAGCAGAGGCUGAUGGAGAGAGCUGAAGACCGGGACUUGGAAAGCCUUGUGCUGUCUAAAGGCUACGAGUUCCAUUGGGCCCAGGCUAAUGAUAGCUGGGAGUCAGUUGAGGCCGGGCUGAGGGGUGAUGAUUAAAGAAAGUAAAUCCAGGGCAGAUGCAAGCCAGGGAGGGCAAAUCAAAUGUCCUAAGAGGUUAUGUACACCACUAAUUUAAAGAAGAAAAGUAAACUCUUUACCGUUCCGUUUCAGUCAUUGUUCAUAAAUGGGAUACAUACAACUAAAAGUCUUGACUUUUAAGAUUUUUAUUAAACAGUUUUUUCUUUUUUCUUUUUUUUUUAUAUUGAAGAGACUUGAGAGGAAGAAUCAAAAUAGAACAAAUGAUUCAAAAGAAAAGAUUAAUAUCUGAUGUCAAUUUAGUUUAUUUACGACGUCUGAAUGACUGACAGCCUUUUUGCUCACUUCAUAAUUCAACUUGCCUGGAGCCACAACUGCUGUUCUUUCUACAUAAGUUGGGUUGUUGACAGAUAUAGCUGUUGUAUAUGAUCACGUUUUACCACAUGGACUAACCCCGCACUUCACCUGGGGUUUCAGUUUUGCACAGCUAAAACUUUGUAAUUACACAUGUAUAUUAUGCUCACUAAUAUAAAUGUGUGUCCUGUUUGUAUGUGUGGGUGUGUGUGUAAAGCCGCUUUCACACUGCCAUUCCGACAAAUUAGUGUAACGGUGCACCCUAGAUUUACUAGCUGGUCCCUUUGAAGCAGAACUCACAGGAAACUGUUGUGGCUUUGCAAUUUCAUUGGCAGUAAAUAUAUGCAGGGAGACAUCAGUGCAACAGUUAAAAUCGCUUUAAGCAUUAAAUGAGCCUUGAGAGUUAAACUUCACUCCCCUGAUACACUAGCAGUGUUUUGCCUCUGAUACUAGCUCGGAAGGCGAAUUUACCCUUCUGUAUCUGGAUUUGACUCGAAAGAGCAAGACAAAGGCUGUGAAAUGCCAGCUAAAAUGGCCAGUAUGAAAGCGGCUCUAGCCUAAGAAGGUGUUUUUUUUUCAUGUUGCACUUCUCAUUUAAUUGUAAUGUGAGAAAUAGUUGAGUGAUCCACUCUUUCAUGUACAGGAUAUCUAGCCAAUAAUCCGAGAUGCAGUGACAAGAUAAAUUGCUACAUGGCUGAGAAUGGAGUGUGCCGAUCUUGUGUAGUUCAAAGUGAAUUUAGCCAGGAACCAGCAACUGCUGCUUAGCUUAGCUUUUUGGGCUAAGUGGAUGUCUUAUUCCCAGCGAAGUAACCAUAAUUGAUUGCUGAACUUGAAUUAGACACCUGAAACCAAAUUUAAUUUGGUAUUAUUUAAAUGUUGUUGCAACAUGUGUUGUUUUUAUACCAUUUGGUUUGUUUAAAAAUGAGCCCAAUCUAUAAUAAAAUGGAUUUACAUGUUUUCCCACUGAUAAAUAACAGCAAAUA